CCAAGUUGAUAAACUCUGUUUACAAUAUCUUUAGAUCACACUCAAUAGCUCAAGUAUGAAGGGUUAGUAACAGUAUGGUAUUUGAAUUUCACCCCUGCUUUUCUGAUCGGAAAGUCAUGACCACUGGAGAUCUUCUCAACAUUCAACCCACGGAACUCAAAUUCCCAUUUGAAUUGAAGAAGCAGAGUUCAUGUUCUAUGCAAUUGACUAACAAGUCAGAUAAGUAUGUGGCUUUUAAGGUUAAAACGACCAAUCCCAAGAAAUACUAUGUUCGUCCCAACACUGGCAUCAUUUUGCCUCAGACCUCUUGCAAUGUUACAGUUACAAUGCAAGCCCCAAAAGAGGCACCCCAUGAUAUGCAAUGCAAGGACAAAUUCCUUCUUCAGAGUGUUGCUGCUCCUGAUGGUACAACCAUGAAAGAUAUAACUCCAGAUAUGUUUAAUAAGGAGAAUGGUAAAGAUGUAGAGGAGUUCAAAUUGCGUGUAGUCUACAUCCCUGCUAAUCCUCCCUCACCUGUCCCAGAAGAAUCUGAAGAAGAAUCAUCUCUGAGUGCUUCUGUGCUUGAGAAUGGUAAUCAAGAUGCUUUGUUGUUUGAAGCUGUAUCAAGAUCUUUAGAGGAGCCUAAAGAGAAAUCUUCGGAGGCAUGGUCUACCAUAUCUAAGUUGACUGAGGAGAAAGCUUCUGUGCUGCAACAAAAUCAACAGCUACGACAAGAAGUGGAAUUGAUGAGAAGACAAGGUAGCAAAACUCCUGAUGGUGGCUUCUCUUUAUUUCUUGUGGUGUUGGUUGGUCUAUUUGGUAUCCUGGUUGGCUAUGUUGUGAAGAGAACAUAGAAAAUUACCAAAUAACUGGUAUUUGUUAGGUUGAGGUGCUGGCUUCAAAGUUUUCAGCCUUCCCCUAGUUUUUGAAACUUUUUAGGAACUUUACUUGGUGUGUAAAGUCAAAGCCUGGUGUAUUACUAACUUGUAAUUUGUGUUUGUUACACAGUUAAUGUUGUUUCUAUCAUGAAUGGAAUGAUUUAUGUGAUUA